AACGCGUUCUACUCGGAGGUAGAGGGGAAGGGGAUCAUGCAGGGGCUCGCCUCCCUGGCAGCAGGAGGGACUCCCGCUCGGUUCCUCAUCAUCGACGACGGCUGGCAAGACACGAGCAACGACGAGGUGGUGGAGGCGACGGAGGAGAGGAAGAGAGAAGCUGCGCGUGACGCUCGGGAUCUCAGGACUCCCUGGAACCUUGCCAAGAGGAUCUCCCUUCCUGGAGGCGACCUGGGAGAGUUUGUCAACACCCUCAAAACUCAGAUGGGCGUACAGCAAGUCUUGUGCUGGCAUGCGCUCGCUGGGUACUGGUCCGGGCUGCGACCCUCCUCCCCCUCCUUCCAGUCCCUCUCCCCCUCCAUCAACCGCCCCUCCCCGAUGGAAGGAAUUCUUGAGGUCGAGCCUCAGCUCUCCUGGGACCCUCUCACCCUCGGGGGCAUCGGGUUGCCACGGGGGGAUCGAACCCUCGAGUUCUACCAUCAACUUCACUCCUACCUGCGGAGCAACAAUGUUGACGGCCUGAAAGUUGACGCGCAGGCAGCAUUCACAAUGCUGGGGGAGGGAAACGGAGGGACCGUAAAAGUCACACAGAAGCACAUACAUAUGAUGGAGGAGUCUGUCAGCCGGCACUUCGGCUCCAGCAACUGCAUCAACUGCAUGUGCCACCCGACCGAGUGUCUCUACUCGUACAAGGAAAGACAAGAGGAACAGACAACUUCUAUCGUACGCGCCUCUGACGAUUUCUGGCCGGACGACCCUGCGUCGCACACAACACACCUUGUCAACGUCGCUUACAACAGCUUGUUCCUCGGGGAGAUCGCACAGCCUGAUUGGGACAUGUUUCAAAGCGACCACCCCACCUCUCACAUCCAUGCCAUCGCCCGGGCUGUUGGAGGCUGUUCGGUCUAUGUCUCAGACAAGCCGGAGAGACACAACUUCGACCUGUUGAGGAGGUACAGGCAGCAGUUGCUCCUGUCCUGCUGCAUGCUUGCAUGCUUCCCUUCCCUUCUCCUCCACCCUUUGUUGUCCUCCCUCAUGGCUAUUUGUUGA